GGCUCAGAUGUUGUGCUCCACUUGCAGCAGCCGCACAUCAUCUCCAUGACUCCAUCCAGGGGUGGAUGAGCGUCAUGAUCCCUCUCUGCCUCAAGUCUGGCGGACCCUCCCUGUUAAAUUCCUCCGUCUGGAUGUGAGGCCAGCCGGGGCAGAGCGAAGCAGAGAGGGGGCUCCCAAUGGGUGGAGGAGCAGAGGGAGGAGGAGACUCUUGCACAGGACAGCUUAACUUCUGCAAAAAUCGUCCCUGGUUUCAGCGAGGGCCCACGUGUGAGGAAUACAUGAAGGGCGGGACAGGGAGGGAGCGGCGACAACAGCGUCACAACCUCCACGGUCACACAGACUACGGCUGUGAUUGAUGAGGAUUAAGAAACAGAGUUCCCAGGAAACACUGGAGUGUCCUCAUCCACCGAACGAAGAAGUUUAAUGGCGUCCCGAUAGAAACAUCAAGAUGAACACGCUACCAUCAAUGGAUCGGCACAUCCAGCAGACCAAUGACAGGCUGCAGUGCAUCAAACAGCUCUCUCUGUUGGUACAGCACUUACAGAACCCGGCCAACUUCCACUCGGCAGCGACGGAGCUGCUGGACUGGUGUGGGGAUCCCCGGGCCUUCCAGCGACCCUUCGAGCAAAGCCUCAUGGGAUGUCUGACGGUGGUCAGUCGUGUUGCUGCUCAGCAGGGGUUUGACCUGGAUCUGGGCUACCGGUUACUGGCUGUGUGUGCCGCCAACAGAGACAAGUUCACCCCCAAGUCUGCAGAAACCAGCACCUGCAGGAGAUGUCAGAGUGACUCAGCCCUGCUGUCGUCGUGGUGCGAGGAGCUGGGUCGCCUCCUCCUGCUGCGUCACCAGAAGAACCGGCAGAACGAAACGCAGGGAAAAGUCCCCAUGCAGCCCAGCAUGAACAGCAUGAAGCCUGGACUCACACACAGCGAUGGCUCCUUUCCCUACGACUCAGUCCCCUGGCAACAAAACACUAACCAGCCUCCUGGGUCACUGUCCGUGGUGACAACGGUGUGGGGUGUGACCAACACAUCACAGAGCCAGGUUUUGGGGAACCCCAUGGCUAACAGCAAUAACCCCAUGAAUCCCGGCGGCAACCCGAUGGGGUCAGGGAUGUCUGCCAGUGCGGGAGGACUCAACUCGCCGCAGUUCAACGCUCAGCAGCAGCAGUUUCCCAGCAAAGGAGGCUCCAACCAGCCGUACAUGCAGCAGGGCAUGUACAGCCGACCCGGAUACCCCGGAGGUCCCGGGGGAUACAGUGGGAGUUACUCGGGCGGUCCGAACCCUCCUCAGGGAGGCAUGGGCAUGAGCUCGCACACGCGCCCGCCUGGUGACUUCACACAGCCUGCCGCCGCCGCAGCCGCAGCAGCAGUCGCCGCUGCAGCCGCCACCGCAACAGCGACCGCCACGGCCACAGUGGCCGCGCUGCAGGAGACCCAGAACAAGGACAUGAACCAGUACGGACAGAUGUGUUCGUCGUUCCAAAUGGGACCCGCUCAGGCAUACAACAGCCAGUUCAUGAACCAGCCCUCGGGACCACGAGGACCCCCCGGAGGGAUGAACCCAGCUAGCAUGGGGUCGGGAAUGAACAACCCGAACAUGAGCGGGCCUCCCAUGGGCAUGAACCACACCAGAACACCGGGCAUGACGCCCUUUGGCGCCCACGGGCAGAGGAUGCCCCAGCAGGGGUAUCCAGGGGGACCCAGGCAAGGCAUGGCCAUGCAGGGGAUGAAGAGGCCGUACCCUGGAGAGGGAGGUUACGCCGCUCAGUACGGGCCGAAUGGUCAGUUCCCUCCGCAGCAGGGACAGUACCCGUCAUCGAACGCUUCCAGACCUCUGCCGUCUCCCAACUAUCCGGGCCAGAGGAUGCCAGGGCAGCAGGGUCAGGGCCAGUACCCCCCUGGCAUGCCCAUGAGCCAAUACUACAAGCAGGAGGCUUUCAACGGCCAGAACAGCACCUUCUCCGGGGGUGGAUACUCAUAUGGGCAAGGAAACGGGCCUCCCAGACCCGGAAACUACCCCCACUCUCCAGUCCCGGGAAACCCCACGCCCCCCAUGACCCCAGGAAGUAGUAUUCCUCCUUAUCUGUCGCCAAACCAGGAUGUGAAGCCCCAGUUUCCUCCAGACAUUAAACCAAAUAUGACAGCACUUCCUCCGCCUCCAUCGAACCCCAACGAGGAGCUGCGGCUAACCUUCCCGGUCAGGGACGGGGUCGUGCUGGAGCCGUUCCGAUUGGAGCACAACCUGGCAGUGAGCAACCACGUCUUCCACCUCCGACCCUCCGUCCACCAGACCCUGAUGUGGAGGUCCGACCUUGAACUGCAGUUCAAGUGCUACCACCACGAAGACCGGCAGAUGAACACCAACUGGCCCGCCUCCGUCCAGGUCAGCGUCAACGCAACGCCGCUGACCAUCGAGCGAGGGGACAACAAGACGUCCCACAAACCUUUGCACCUGAAGCACGUCUGCCAGCCGGGGAGGAACACCAUCCAGAUCACGGUCACUGCCUGCUGCUGCUCGCACCUGUUUGUGCUGCAGCUGGUCCACCGGCCAUCUGUGCGCUCCGUCCUCCAGGGACUCCUGAAGAAGAGGCUCCUACCUGCCGAGCACUGCAUCACCAAAAUCAAGAGGAACUUCAGCAGCGUGGCGGCGUCGACGGGCAGCACCACGCUCAACGGCGAAGACGGCGUCGAGCAGACGGCCAUCAAAGUGUCCCUGAAAUGCCCCAUCACCUUCAGGCGCAUCCAGCUGCCGGCGAGGGGCCACGACUGCAAACACGUGCAGUGCUUCGAUCUGGAGUCGUACCUGCAGCUCAACUGUGAGAGAGGCACGUGGAGGUGUCCUGUAUGCAAUAAAACAGCUCUACUGGAGGGUCUGGAAGUGGACCAGUACAUGUGGGGAAUCCUCAACGCCAUCCAGAACUCUGAGUUUGAAGAGGUGACCAUCGACCCCACUUGUAGCUGGAGGCCGGUCCCCAUCAAGUCUGAGCUGCCGAUCAAAGAGGACCCCGACGGACCGCUGGCCAAGCGCUUCAAGACCAUGAGCCCGAGUCAGAUGACCAUGCCCAAUGUGAUGGAGAUGAUCGCUCAGCUGGGGCCUGGACCCGGUCCCGGUUCUGGACCCGGUCCCACCCCGUAUCCUAACAACUCCGGGCAACAUGCAAGUGGCAACGGUGGAGAUUAUCCAGGAUCAGGAAACGCUUACCACCACAGCCAGGGGAGCUUUGACUUCCCACACGGGACUCCCACCGGUGGUGGACUCGGCGGAGGCAUGGGAGGAGGCGGCGGCGGUGGCGGCGGGGGAGGGGGCCCGCCCUUGAACGACUUCAUCCACGGACCUCAGCUCUCUCACCCACCUGACGGGCCGGCGGGGCUCCUCCCCCAGGAAAAGCCGCUGAACCACGGCAUGAGCGACCCGAUGUCACAUGAUCAGUCCCAUAACCCCAUGCAGCAGAGCUUGCACGCUUCCCCUCACCCCGGCGGCCAAUCGGGGCCUCCCUUGCAUCACGGCAGCCAAUCGGGGCCGUCCUUGCACCACGGCGGGCAGUCGUUGCAGCCGCCCCGCCAGUCCCAGCAGCAGCCCCCGCAGCAGCCGGGCCAGAACACCCACCCGCACUCCGACCUGAACUUCAACCCCUCCGCGGACGGGCCCAUGGGCCCAGGAGCCCAAGACAUGCCGGAACCUUCGCUGGACCUGCUACCAGAACUGGCAAACCCGGACGAGCUGCUAUCAUACCUGGACCCGCCGGACCUUCCAUCCAACAGCAACGACGACCUUCUCUCCCUUUUUGAGAACAACUAACCCUUUAUUUACCUCCUCUGACUGACCGUCCACGAGACACUACACCUCCUCUGUGCCAGCUCACAGUGCAACAGAGAGAGCGCCACGAAAAAGAGCCAAGCCGCUCGGCAAGAGGCUUUUUUUUCCUUGUAAAGAUUCCACGCACCAGUUCAGCCGCGGGGGACACGAUCUACCGCCACGUUGGCCGGCACUAAAAUGAUAUUAUACAUAAAUAUAUACAUAUAUUUGUGACUUUUUGGACAGAAAACUGUGCAGCUAAAAUCAUCAUGUGUAAAGUAACACAAAAAAAAACAGAGACACAAGUCGCCGUCGGCGCCAGGACAAGUGUUGUAGCUUUUUUUUGUACUUGAUUGUUUUUAUUCUUUUUCAGACGUGUUCUUCCAAAAUAAUGACUUCAGUGGGUGCAUGAGAAACGUAUACUGGACCUGGAGGAAAAUCAGCAGACGUGUGCGUGAGUGCGUGUGUGUUUUGUUCCGUAAAAAGGAGGCGAUCGAAAGAGCAAAGAAUUCAGCUCCCAUCUCUGAGCCGCCCCCCUCCCACCUCUGUGGUGUCGCGUGUCCCAGUGCGUCUGUGCCAACAGGUCCAACCUCACCGCAAUAUUCCAGAUCCCCUCAUCGUCCCGCGCUUGUGUCACCAAAGUUCUUUUCAAUCAUUUGUUUUGAUGGAAGUCGGUUUCCCUUCUGUUGUCGCUCGACGGAAGAAAAAAAGAAAAGCCACCCUGCAUGACCCAACAGUGUUUCUAGCUGUUGUAAAUAACCGUUGUGAAUAUUUCGUGAGUGUACAGUGACGUACCUUUCUAUUAGCGACAUCUACAUGGUACCCCAAAACACGCACAUUCACAGACAUGCGCACACAAUCUCCAGUCUGAUAUUGUAACAAGUGUGUUUCUCUGUCGCACCACUUGCAUUUAUUUUACAUAUAUUUUUAAUAAGAGCCAAUAUACCUUUCUUUACAAUGUCAUUUUUUUUAUUUAAGAAUGUGGAAAAGAAGGUCACACUUUAUAUUUUUAAUUGUUUGGAUCAGUGUUUGAAAAAACAAAAAAGCUCAAAUGAACUAAAUAGGAUUAAAUAAAAAAUAAUAAUGCCAUGAAAUUAAAAGAAAAAAAACGGCCUUUUUUUACACUGGAUUUACUCCGCGCCUUUCUAUUGCAAUACAGUAGUUUCACCAGCGGGUGGCAGUAGUACUCUACUGGCAGUAGCUCAAACCUUUGACACUCGCUAUCGUUAUUUCAAAAUGGCCGCCACGACCUGCGUGUCUACGUCACGUCUCUCUACAGUCAAUAAAACAUUGGUUGGUUAAUAAAUAUAGCCAAAUUGAAUCGUUUUACAAAGUUUAUUUUAUUUUGAAAGGUAAACAUGGCGAAAAUUCCUUGCGUACUUCCUGCAAACGCAAGCACAUCCGAUGUAAACGGGACAGAACUGGAAAUUCAAAUUGCAUUUCACUCAAAACUGAAAUAAUAAAAAUAAAACGUAUGUUUAUACGUGAUUUACUAUGAAGUGUGAUCCACAAAAUUUCCACUGGUGAUUUUUAAUGCCCCAAAUGUUUUUAUUUUGACAUCGACGUGAAGCUAUUUGUGUGUUCUCAUCCCUUUUUUUCUAUUGUUUUUAAGUUAUUGUCUUUGUUUCAUGCAGUAUAGACAAACACAUCCGAUCGCUUCUUUAUAUAAAAAAAAGAAAAACACUUUUGAUUUUUUUAUCUGUUGAGACUUUUAAGAACCAAACAUGGCGCUUUGACUGAUCAGUUGUUUGUGAAAGGCGACGCACUGCUGCAUUUGUUUCGUGGUGAAAUUCUCACGCUGUCAAGUCCAGAAAUUUAAAAACGCACCAAGGGUGGAGUUUGUAAAAUGAAAUAAGCGGGAGCCGUGUUGGCGGAAUCGGAGGGAAACGCCUGUAAAUAGUGUAAAUGACAAAUAGAGACACAUUAACAGAAAUGUAUUCAGUUCCUCCAGGGGGCGUGUGCAUAGUGUAUUUAGGAUUUGUAAAGCUUGCAUCCUCCUGUCAGACGGUGAAUUGGGAAAAAUGUGUUUGGACUGUGCCGACCUCUCUAACCACGCCUGUUCAUUCAUGUAAGAUACUUUAUGUACGCCUCCACCAGGAAACAUUUCCCGUUGUGUAAUAUUAAACUUCUGUGUAUUUCUCUAUUACCUGUGUACUUUAUCACAAAAGGUGCUACAAAAAUGAUGGAGAAAAAAAAAAAAAAGACGCGGAGUCCAGAGCGGCUUCGUUCCGGUUUCCCAAAUUUAGUUUGUUAACAAAACUUUGUAAAUUUGUAUGCAAUUUGGCAGGAAUAUGCUAUUAAAGGUACAAUCUGAAGUCAUUGGCACA